AUGAUGUUCACGUCCAACAAGUUGAGAAUGUUUUUCCUAUCUUUUCUGUCUACGGUCUUGCUGGUGCAACCGGUAUCAGCCGGUUUCUACGGGGAAACUGACACUCCAGUUGGCAGUGCCUGGCAUCUAGCAGAUAAGCGGUCUGCGCGAGCCCGACAGCGCUGGGAACAAGCUCCCUCUGGGAGAAACUCCAAAAUUCCCGAAGUAGUGGACUUGACCGGAGAAGAUGACUGUGAGGAUGAUACGAGUAAAAGUCCUUCUGCCUCCUGUAGUGGCGGAGGUGGAGCGAAACAGGGAGCAGACAACAAAAAUGGUGGAAAAGAAGAUGCCGAAGUAGCUGAAAGAUGCAUAGCCGACCCCGCUCCGCCAACUGGGCGAUUCGCGAUUGACUUGUUGCCGCAGAUGUGGGGCAGCACUGCGCAACAGAAGUUCAUCGCAACAAGUUCGAAGUUGAAUGAGAUCACGACUAAAGCAGGCAGCAGUACAACUGGAAUGGCAACUUCUGGCCAAACCUCCACUAAAGCGUCACUGCUAAAGCAGCAGACAUCGAAAGACAAGCUCUCUAGCAGUAUUGCAUCUGCGAACAUCAAGGAACAGCAUGUUUUCCGGAUUUGCUACUUGGACACAGAGAACUCUGGUCUAGAACCCCACGAUCGCAUCAAGUGGAAAGGUGAACCAGGCGCCACGAAACAGCCAGAACAAGUAAAAGCUGACUUUUUACUAGAGAUUGCAGCGCGAGUGGUCGAGGUAGACACUCGCACAGGGAAAGUGCGUGAGAUCACGUUGUCGGAUAGCGAAGUCAUAGGGGCAAAAGAAUUAGACCAGUUGCGUAUUAAUGAUGAGUUUACGACAUCCUAUAGCGAGUGGCUUGACGUGGCAGGACAGAAACCGAUUCGCUCGCCUUCUGAAUUCGGUUCUUUUAACUACUUGGGCCUCGAAGAACCGGAUCGAGAAAAGUUCCGCUUGAAGUUCGGAAGAUGGGAGGAUUAUGAGGUACUUAUCACACUAUAUUCAGUUUCAGAUCGGUAGAUGAUCAUGGGAGGAUUAUGAGAUACUAGUCAGUGCAAGUUGCAUUUUCAUCUGUCUAAUAAUGCAACUUUGGGCUAAGAAAUCUUUUUAUCACACACCUGAAAGAGGUAACACAUGUAAAAACGGUACCAAGGAGGUGGAUGAAGGAGGUGGAUGAUACUACAUUGUUAAAGUAUCUUCGCAAAGAACGGAUCCAUCCAUCGUUUCACUCAGGUCGAGAGUAACGGCGCUUUCGCCGUUAACAUGAUCGGUUAUGAAGACGAUCCGAAGCGUGUUGUUAGGGAGAAAACCGGCAUUCGUGGAGUAAAAGGGAAGAAAAUUGAUUGGCGAAAAGUAGGCGCGUUGAUGGAGAUAUCGCAUUUCAUUGUGGCACACAACGCAGACUACGACUUCCGAUUUAUAGCGCGUGACUUCCCGCCGGCUGCAUAGUACUAGUAAAGUUGUAAUCACUUGGUAUUGGAGAUCUGUAUUAGCUCUAACUCUACUACAUGUAGAAACAAAUGUGGUAGAGAGCCUAACAUAAGCAUGGCAUUGAUGAUGAUGAGGAUGGACAAAUUGACUUCAUCGGUAUUUGCACAUGCUAGUACAGGCAAAGGUGGCACAUGAAGAUCAUCGUAUCGUUGUAUACGUUUUUUUUUUUAAAUGUCAAUUUGAAUGAAAACCUCCACAGCAAACAGUGGCUGUGUAGCUUGAAGGACAUCGAUUGGCCGCUAUAUGUACCCCCUGAGAAGUUGCCUUUGAAGAAUUUCAAGGCGGAGUCUCUAUCCGAAGCCUUUGGAAUAGAGGCUGGCCAACACGACGCCUUAUCGGAUAUCACUGCUUGCUUGCAAAUUUUGGAGAAGAGUCAGACGUAAUUUUAUGCAAUCAAAAGAAACUUACCAUUUUUAGGACUCUGCAAAGCAACACGCAGUUCGUCGCCUAUUUGUUCUAGUAGACUUCUACUACUAGUACUACGUGGAAGUCACCAAUCGACGCCUUCACAUUCCUAUUGAAUUCGUGCAAUUCUAUCCUCUAUCCUCUAUCCUCCCAUAGAAAUAUUCCUAAUCGAUCGAUCGCUGAUGUCUUAGCAAUUUCCACAGGUACUAAAUAAUUUGAAGCUGUCAACACGAAUACUUAUUUUCACAGUUGUAGAUGUCUCCUGUCACAAUCGUCCGCAGGUACGGCCCUUUGAUUAAGCGCGGUCAGGAGCGAAUGCGGGAGCAGUUGUUCUACGAAAUUGGGUGGGUGGAAAAUGAGCUCCCGGAUCAGAUUAGGCAGUCCAUGAGUUGGCCAGAAAAAUUCUUCUACGAGGAACAGCGAAUGGCAGAUCGAUUGUUUUUACGGAAUACUACAACUAAUACUCAUACUAAUCAUGCUGUUACCUUUUAAUACGGCUCUACUUGAAUAAGAAUUAUUUAAGUGUUUGUUCUAUAAUUUCAUCUUUUGGUUGAAUUUCAUAUUCACGUUUGAAAAUUUUUUUAGUGAUCCUGGACUAGCAGAAUUUUUUUUAAUGAUCAAUCCUGGACCACUAUCUGUAACGCCUCUUCCGAUCAUGCGAGAACAGAAGAUGUUACUUUACUAGUUCUAAUCAUCAGAGGAUCCAUGUGCUCAGUCACAACGGCCGCAACAACGCUUCGGAAUCCUCGGCAACACCACGCGCAAACCGAGAUCGAUAUCUUCAUGGCAUCUGCGGGUCGCACGUUUAUUAAGGCUCAGACUUCAUUGGUCACCUCCGAGACUUGUCACUGACCUCGAAAGGGAAACCCCGCGACAGAACAGGGGAAAUCUAAGGGAAAACAAGGGGAGACAGAGCGUGGGGCCCUUUUCUUUCAGAAUCAGUGGCUACUCACCGUUGAUCUCUAAGCUUAGUGCGGUGUUUUUGAAUCCGCCAGGGCCGAAGCCUUGGGAGAAGAACAAAAUCGACCCCAUGACCCCGGAAAUGAAGAAGGCUUGGAUCCAAGAUGCCAGUGCUUCCUUAAAUGAAGCGGGUUUUUUGACUCGGAAAUUGUACAAUGAGGACACGAAUCGGCACUCAGCUAUCGUCUACCGAUACAUGUCCAGAGCGGAAAUACUGGGAGAAAAACAAACUAGUAGAUGGAGUGGUGCGAAACCAACAACAUCCACAGGAGGUGGGAAAGGCAGCAAUCCUAGUCCAGCAGGCUUUUCGCUUGCAGCAGGGGAAACGAAGCUGCCGUUGGGAAGAUCUAGUUCUUAAGGAACUUUUAUCAUAAGUACAACUCAGAUUCCGUCGAAAUAUCUUUAUCAGUCCUUGUGAUACCUCUUCGAUUGCACCACGCAGUAGUUUGAAUAGUCUUACUAAUCAUCUGUGCUUUAUCAUGUUGAUUUUAAAGAAUACGAAUAGUUUUUUGUUCAUGUAAUUAGCAGGAAGGUUUUUGAUUGAGCGUUCAUCAAGAACUCAAUAUUAUCAAUCUAACGUUCACGACUACGUACUACCUAAGUACCUCUAAUCUCUCCCCCCAAAAGCUGAGCACCCGAUGCGACAGUUCUACGACGUCUUUUACGGCAAAUUGCUGGACUCGUUCAACAAGAGCAAGGGGCGACCGCAGAGGGGCCAUUACUGGUUCCAGCCCUACUAUCCGGUAUUGAACCCUCGAUUAAGGGCCGGGUUCGACGCCUUCCCAGUUGGCAUGUUUCGGAGGCAAGCAGCACGAAAGGUAUUAGAACAAAGCAAGUGCGCUAUAAGUUAGAUUCCGGGCAUUAGAGCAAAGUACUAAGUGCGCCAUAAGUUAGAAGAAUGUGAAUGAAGAAUAAGAGAAAUGGGAAUUAAAUGCCAGGUAUAGACGUCGUCUAUAGAAAAUUUUGGAAAAACGAUCUACUGUCUUUUACGCAAAAGUUAGAUUUAAUAAGACAGGAAGGAUUAACGAGCCGGCACUUCUACGAACUUCCUCCUCGUAGUGUGAAGAAAGAGGAAGUAGUUGCUUCCUAUAGUUGGGCUCUCUCUAGGUCUCCAAGUCUCUAAGAGUACCUUAUCCUUCCAGAAGUUCGUUUCUACAACACUGUUUCUUCCAGAAGUUCUACAACACCGUUUCUACAACAGUUCAGAAAAGAUGUCGAGUUUACAAAUUACAUCUAGAGAUUACAACUAGAUGAUUGCUCUUACUGUCUCCUUGUCGUGGUUUCUGACGGCGCGAAGACUUUGUGUCCAGGGGCAAUAUUACAAUUACUGUGUAUAAUGCCGGAAAGCGCAGCCGCAGAGAAAGAAAGAGACAUCAUAAUUGAUGACCUUGAGAAUCGCAUUCGGAAUUUUAACUUCUUCAAUCAUGUUGAUGGUUUUGCGGUUCUCCUUCUCUUGAAAAUGUUUUACACAAAUUCAGGGGUUAUGUAAGCUGUUCUCCAAAAAUAACUGGUCUCGCCUUGCUGAUGGUGCUUCGUUCUUGUGAACGCGUGUUUUCUUGAAGAAUUCCAAUCUCUCUAUUGCAUUUUGAAGUCGCAAAUUGCCGCAGGGCAACAUCCAGAGAAGAAAGUAGACUUUCGUGGAAUCCAAAUUAUAAGAAGCUGUGAACAUAAAAAUUUUCUGGUGGUGAGCCCCUGCGUGACCGUUGCGACAGGAAG